AUGUCAUACAUCUACAAAGAGCGUGAACGAGACCGCGAUUGGGACGAACCUCGUUCCUCGCCUGUUACCAUCAAGCGUUACGUCAUACCCCCCGAGGACGAUCGACGCGAGAGGGACUCGCUAUAUCGUCGCGAAGACCCCAUUACCGGUGACCGCGAAUUGGUAGUUCGGCGGCCCGCUGAACGAGAAGAACCCGUCAUGGUGCAACGCUACGAGCGUGACGUCGACUACGACUCACGCGGUGGUUAUGACUAUCGUUCCGAGAGAGACUACUAUGAACCUCGAGCCCCCGUCUAUGCACCGCCCCGUGAGUCUGACUAUGAAAUUGUCCACCGUUCCGAGGUGGAUCGCGACCCCGGUUACUACUAUCAUCGCCGUGUUCGCGAGUAUGAUGAUGACCGUCGCCUCCGUCGGGAGCUAAGUCCCAGCGAUUCGGUCUCUCAAGCAACCCGUCGACGCGAUGAUCAGGACUACAGCAGCGAUGACAGUAUGGUCUACAUCCGCAAAGAGACCCGUGAAGUCGACGACCACCCGCACCAUCGACGACAUUUGGCCGAGGGUGCACUGGUCGGAGUGGGCGCCGCAGAGUUACUCCGGAGUCGUCGCAAGAAGGGAGGAGAAGAGGUGUCUGGUGGUCUGGGUCGUGUCGGUCGUGAUGUUGGCGCCGGUGCGUUGGGUGCCGUUGCCGUGAAUGCGGCCUCUCGCGCCAGAGACUACUAUCGCAGCAAGAGCCGACACCGCGCCCACUCGUUCGACGACGACCGCAGCUCUCGCUCCCACCAUCGCCAUCAUCACCACAGUUACAGCCAUUCCCGCCGCAGCCGCAGCCGUUCCCACUCGCGCUCCCGCGCCCGAACAUUCACAGAACUGGGUCUUGGAGCGGCCGCCAUUGCUGGUGCCGUGGCCUUGGCCAAACAGUAUUCGAAUAAGGAAAAGGAGAAGGACGGGAGACGCAGUCGAUCUCGACACCGCCGUUCUGAUUCUGUGCGGUCCAGGGGAGCGCCCGACGCCGAGAAUCGUAGCGAGUCGCAGCGGAGAAAACAUAUGGCAGGUGCUGGGCUGGCCGGUGCAGCGGUAGCUGGAUUGGUGGAAAGGGCUCGCAGCCAUUCGCGCUCUGGCCGCCACGCACGGUCUCAGUCUCAUAGCAGAUUGAGAAAAGCUCUCCCGGUUGUGGCAGCCGGCUUGGGAACGGCUGCUGCCACGGGACUGUAUGAAAAACAGAGGGACAAGAAGAAAGAAGAGGAAGAAGGAAGAGGCGAAUCGAGACAUCGAGAACGCCGACGUUCUAGAUCAAGAUCCCGCAGCAGGGCGCCCUCCGACUUCUACCCCGACCCUGCUAGGGACUCGGCUGGCCUAAUCGAGUACGGCGAAGACCCGGUGCAUGGAAGCAUUCCCGCGGCCCAUUACUAUGGUCGUCCCGUGAGCUCCCAUGGAUACUAUUCCGACGCAUCUGACCCAGUGGCUAGCGGAGCAGCGGGUUUCGGCUCAAGACACCGUGGACGAGACCGUAGUCGCAGCCGCAGCCGCAGCCGCGGACGAUUCAGCAGCUCUGAUUCCGACUCACAUAGGAGAAGAAAGAAGGACGGCGGCGGGCUCCGCAGUCGCUCUCGUGAUCUCGCUGAAGCAGCCCUGGCUGCCACCGGAGUCGGCUAUGCCGCUCACAAGUAUUCCUCGCACCGCAAGGAUCGCAAGGACAAGGAGAGGAGCAGGGAAAGAAGUAGGGAGAGAAGCAGGGAGAGGCCGAGAUUCGAUGAAAGAGACUCAUAUGAAGACCCUUAUCGUCAUGAGCCCUACUCGCCUUCGCCUUCGACAGCUCCUCCGCCAAUUGACAAUCAAUAUUACCCCAACAGCAAUUACUUCCCGCCACCCCCAGGCUCUGCUCCCCGCCAGGCUGAGACUGCGGCACCAUACAACCCGGCCGACUAUCCACCACCCCCCGGAGCGGUGCCGCCUGUGCAGCCAUACGGUUAUGCUCCCCCGGCACCCGAGCCCUACGCCCCGCGACCCCGAAGAGCAGAUGAGAAUGUCUAA